AUGGACGGAAAGAGAUUAGAGUACAAAGGUGAGGAAGCACUAAAGGAGAUAGAGAGGCUUACAAUGAAGGCUUCUGAAGUUCAGGAAAGCCUUUUGAAACAGAUCUUAACUCAGAAUAGAGAAACUGAGUAUUUGAAUAAGUUUAUGAGGGGAGAAAAAAAUAUAACGGACAUAGAAGAGUUUAAGAGGUGUGUUCCAGUCACCACUUAUGAAAGAAUCUUCCCAUAUAUCCAGAGAAUUGCAAAUGGGGAAGACUCUUCUCUCAUCACUGGUCACUCCAUAACAGAAAUGUUAUGCAGUUCAGGGACAUCAGGUGGAGAGCCUAAAAUAAUGCCAUCAAUUGCCGAAGAUCUAGAACGCCGUACCUUUGUGUACAAUCUUACCAUGCCAAUCAUAAAUCAGUACGUUUCUGAUCUUGACGAGGGCAAGGCUAUGUAUCUGUUCUUCGUAAAAGCAGAAAUGUCUACUCCUUGUGGCUUACCUGCUAGGACAGUGUUAACGAGCUACUACAAGAGCAAACACUUCAAGUGCCGCACACACGACCCUUGGAACGAUUUCACAAGCCCUGACCAAACCAUUUUAUGCAAUGACAGCAAUCAAAGCAUGCAUUGCCAGCUUCUAGCAGGUUUGGUCCACCGCCGCCAGGUCCUAAGGCUCGGUGCGGUCUUUGCCUCUGCACUUCUUCGAGCCAUUUCCUUCCUAGAACGAAACUGGAGGCACCUAUGUGAGGAUAUACGCACUGGCCAACUAAGUUCCUUCAUAACAGAUCCUUCAUGUCGCUCAUGCAUGUCGACGGUGCUUGCAACCCCUGACCCUCGUCUGGCUGAUGAGAUCACAAGAAUCUGUGGCCAAAAGUCUUGGAAGGGGAUUCUGUGCCAGCUUUGGCCUAAGGCCAAGUACAUAGAGGCUGUGGUCACAGGGUCCAUGGCUCAGUAUGUUCCUGCUCUUAAGCAUUACAGUGAUGGGAAGUUGCCUUUGGUUUGUACCAUGUAUGCUUCAUCUGAGUGCUACUUUGGGGUUAAUCUGAAACCUCUGUGUGAUCCUGCCGAUGUUGCUUUUACCCUCUUGCCUAACAUGGGCUACUUUGAGUUCCUUCCUCUUGGACAUAACGGGACAUUGUUGAUGGACUUUGAUGAAGGUGAGCAUGUUCCCAAUGAUAAGCUCGUGGAUUUGGUGCAUGUCAAGCUUGGCUGCUUCUAUGAGCCCGUGGUCACUACCUUUGCUGGGCUGUAUCGAUACCGCGUGGGUGACGUGCUGCAGGUGGUGGGAUUCCACAACAAGGCCCCACAAGUGCGUUUCAUCUGCAGGAGAAACGUAGUGAUCAGCGUGGACACUGAAAAGACGAACGAGGAGGACCUGCACAGGAGCGUGAGCAUGGCGAAGAAGUUGUUGGAGCCCUACGACGGGCUCCUAGUGGAGUACACCAGUUACCCCGACACGUCUUCGGUGCCAGGACACUACGUAUUGUACUGGGAAAUCCUUCACUGCGGCAUAAAGACAGAAUCUGAGAACGAGAAUGCAGUAGUACUUGACGGAAGUGUGCUUGAGGAAUGCUGCAUUGCAGUGGAAGAGCAACUGGACUACGUAUACCGACGGUGCCGGAGCCACGAUAAGUCGGUGGGGCCACUGGAGAUACGCGUGGUGGAGCCAGGAACGUUUGACGCUUUGAUGGACUUGUUCAUCAACCAAGGGGCUUCCAUCAAUCAGUACAAGACUCCCCGGUGCAUCAACUCCAAGAAGGCACUCAAGUUACUCAACUCUAAAGUUUCUGCCUCCUUCUUCAGUCCUAGAGAUCCCAAAUGGGUACCCAAGAUGUGCUGA